AUGGAGUUGAAUGAAACAAAAGAGAAACAUGCGUCCCUCGAUGUAGAACAGCAGUCUGUCCAUAAUGGGGGUCUUAUUGGCCACAUGCAGCUCAAGGGACUGAACUUACAAGCCGAAGGAGGACGGCAAAUGACAAAGUUGCAAACCAUCUCUGCCAGCUGGGUCAUUUGUGAUAGCUGGGCUGGCGUGGCUGGAACUAUCGCGCUAGCUAUCUCCCAGGGCGGGCCAGUAACCCUCGUUUAUGGACCAAUUUUGAUGUUCCUCUUCGUGGGUGCUUGUGCUCUCACAUUAGCCGAGCUGGCGAGCGUGUAUCCGACUGCUGGUGGGCAGUAUCAUUGGACGUCGAUCCUCGCCCCAAAGGGUAUCAACAGAUCCCUAAGCUAUUGUUGUGGUAUGACAAACGUGUUUUCCUGGAUUUCUAUAUGCACCGGAAUCGCCAUCAUUCCCGCACAGCUGAUCGUUGGAAUCGCCCUGUUCUACAAUCCAAACUAUACGCCACAGCCGUGGCAUUAUUUCCUCAUAUACCAAGCCAUCAACGGGUCUGUCCUACUAUACAAUAUCACGCUAUUGAAACGGUCGCUCUGGAUCCAUGAUCUCUCUUUCUUCAUUACUAUCGCAACCUUCCUUGUCAUAACCAUUACUUGUGUCGCCCGCUCAUCUUCCCACUAUGAGUCCUCAACAAGUGUUUGGGCAACCUUCAUCAAUGACAGCGGCUGGAGUUCCGGUGGCGUCGCCUUUCUCACUGGUCUUGUCACACCGAACUACAUGUACGCUGGCAUCGAUGGAGCCUUGCACUUGGCUGAAGAAUGCAAAAAUGCGAGCACGGUGGUGCCUCGAGCUCUGAUGAGCACUUUGAUUAUUGGAUUCGUCACAUCAUUCGUAUUCGUCAUUGCUAUGCUUUACUGUACUAGUGAUUUGGCUACGAUCGCAACCUCCAACACCGGGGUCCCGAUCUAUGAGAUGUGGUAUCAAGCGACAAAGUCUCAGACGGCUGCUACAGUCUUCGUCCUAUUGCUUUGCUGCGCUGCUGUUUUCGCACUCAUCGGCGCUCAGCAAACUGCGUCUCGGCUUACUUGGUCGCUGGCUCGAGACCGAGCUAUCAUCGGGAGUCAGUGGCUGAGUGAAAUACAUCCCAUGCUUGAAGUACCCGUGUGGAGUCUAUUCUUCAAUUUUGUGGUCAUGUUCAUCAUUGGCUGCAUUUAUCUAGGCUCUUCGUCGGCCUUUAAUGCAUUCAUUGGUUCCGGCCUCGUUCUGCAGCAUAUCUCGUACGCAUUUCCCGCCGCACUGCUGAUGUACCGAGGGAGAUCCAAAGAGUGGCUUCCUGCGUCGCGAUCUUUCCGAUUGCCGAGCUUGGUGGGCUGGAUGGUGAAUGCCAUCACUGUCGGAUUUGCCUUGCUGGUUCUAAUUUUCUAUGACUUUCCUACUGUUCUUCCAGUGACGGGAAGUAGUAUGAGUAAGUGA